AUGGGUAUUAAAAAUCUCUACCAAGUAAUCUCCGAGAAUGCCCCCGAUGCGAUCAAGACGGGGGAGAUCAAAAACCACUUCGGCCGCAAGGUCGCAAUUGAUGCAUCCAUGAGCAUCUACAGUUUCCUGAUCGCGGUCCGAUCCGAAGGCCAACAGCUCAUGAGCGAGUCUGGCGAAACAACUUCUCACCUGAUGGGCAUGUUCUACCGAACCCUGCGUAUGGUCGACAACGGCAUCAAGCCACUCUACGUCUUCGACGGAGCCCCGCCCAAGCUCAAGUCCGGCGAACUGGCCAAGCGAGGCGCACGCAAGGCGGAAGCAACCGAGGCGCACGAGGAAGCCAAGGAGACCGGUACCGCGGAGGAGGUUGAGAAAUUCUCGCGGCGGACGGUGCGCGUGACGCGCGAGCACAACGCCGAGUGCAAGAAGCUGCUGAAGUUGAUGGGCAUUCCCUACAUCGAUGCGCCGACUGAGGCGGAGGCACAGUGCGCGGUGCUGGCGCGCGCGGGCAAAGUCUACGCCGCUGCGUCGGAGGAUAUGGAUACCUUGUGUUUCGAGACGCCGAUUUUGUUGCGUCACUUGACGUUUAGUGAGCAGCGGAAGGAGCCUAUUCAGGAGAUUCACUUGGAUAAGGCGAUGGAAGGGCUUAACAUGGACCGCAAGCAGUUCAUUGACCUCUGCAUCCUCCUUGGCUGUGACUAUCUCGAGCCCAUCCCCAAGGUGGGCCCAAGCACCGCCCUCGCCCUGAUCCGCGAACACGGCAGCCUCGAAAAGGUCACCGAGUUCAUGAACAAUGACCCGAAGAAGAAAUACGUGAUCCCCGAAGAAUGGCCAUACGAAGACGCGCGCGAGCUGUUCGCCAACCCAGACGUGCGUGACGCAAACGACCCAGAGUGCGACUUCAAGUGGGACGCGCCGGACGUGGAGGGUCUAGUGCAAUACCUAGUAGGGGACAAGGGCUUCAACGAGGACCGUGUGCGUAACGGUGCCGCACGACUGACCAAGAACCUCAAGAGUGCGCAGCAGUCGCGGUUGGAGGGUUUCUUCAAGCCGGUCGCACGCACGGAUGAGCAGAAGGCCUCUCUCAAGCGGAAGCAAGAUGAGAAGCUGCAAGAACAAAAGAAGCGCAAGAAGGAAGAGUCCAAGGCUAAGAAGGAUGCUAAGGCUAAGCCUCGUGGUGCGAAUUAG